AAAAUUAUAAAGCCUACUGCAUAUUUUGGUAUGAAAAGUCCAGUUUGUCCCUUUGUUUUUUCUGUAUCUUCAGUACUUUGCCACUGUAUACAGGCGUAUUAUACCGUAUAGACAGGUGGCUGUCUCUAAGCCACACAAUCUGUCAUGUAUGUACAGAGGCCAUGUACACACCAGUACCUCCUUCCAAAAUUCAAAAACACCGUGCCCUAACCUCUCCCGCCUCAGAUCCAAUUAUUUCCGUCCCCCUUUUACGAGAUUUGGGAGCUCUUUCGUUUUCUUUUUCUCCGACAUGGAAGAGUUUUCCGACAAAGAUACUGUCUUAAAUUCCUCCUCGCCUAACAACUGUUCCCCGUUUGAUGUCUUUGAUUAUGAUUCAUGGUUGAGGAGGGAGAGGAUGAGAAACCACGAAUCAACUUUUGGAGCUGCCCAGUAUGGUAUUGAGACUUGCCUCAGCCACACAACACAGGGGACAUGUGGACUGUCUACCGAGGUUACAAAAAGGAAAAGAAAAACUGGAAAUCGUGAUUCACAUUCAAACAAAGAGAACGUAGGAUCCUCGCAUUUAAACAUGUGGCAGUCCCCCCCCUUCAAGAAAGUCAUGGAUGAUUCAUCCACACUGCAUUCACCACUGUCUCCGAUGAGUGUGAAAGGCAUAUGUUCAGCCUAUUUGUAUUUAAAGAGAGUGGUAGCCGUUUUGCUGCAGUUUGUAAGUUGUUUUUGUAUACUAAUUACUAAUUACAUUCUUUGUUGUUUUUCAGAGAAUAUCAUUAACAGCAAAACCCCGGGAAUAUUUGAAUCUGCAUAUGACCUUACGAAAAAGAAGAGAAAGUCUGCAUAUCGUCAUAUUUACGCCAAUGCCGAAAAGGAUAACAAAGGCCUGUUCAAAGAACAAGAUCCUACAAGUCAUAGUAGGCCUAACAGUAAAUCUGUUUGCACAGAUGAGACUCCUGUUUCCACAUUGUGCGAUAUAUUUAAUUCAAGUUGCAGAGAAUCCAACAAUGGUAAGAAAAAUCUGAAAGAUAUCUUAGAGGUUCCCUCCCCUGUUGCUUUGGAUUUUGAGAUGAAAGAUUCCACGGAUGAAAAUCUAAACAGCAUAGAAGAAGCAGAGUUCUGUCGUGUUACGAAUGUACUCGAUGACCACGAUGAAUCUGAUAUAUAUGAGCAUGAUGAGACCCCAGAGACAGAAGAUUGCUUUUCAUUUCAGAAUUUGAGAGAAGCUGAGUCUCGAAAAAUUCCUGCUGAGUAUGACAGUUUGGGACCUCCCAAUGUCAAGUGCACGAAAUGCCAAGCUUGGAUGUGGAAGGAGGAGCGUACAAACAAACACAACAAAAAAGGGAUACCCCUGUUUAAUUUGUGCUGUGCUGAUGGUCACAUUAAGCUGCCUAAGGAGAAACCGACUCCAUCAUAUCUGUGGCAGCUUUUUAAUGACAAAGUAAAGGGACCUAGAUUUAAGGAUUCCAUUCGUGUAUACAAUAGCCUCUUUGCUUUCACAUCUACCGGUGGAAGAGUUGACCAUUCUAUCAACUGUGGUGGAGCACCAUAUAUUUAUAGGUUAAACGGGGUAAACCAUCAUCUAUUUGGUUCUCUUAUCCCUGAUACAGGGGAAGACCCCAAAUUCUGCCAGCUUUACAUUUAUGAUACCCAGAAUGAAGUACAAAAUAGGAUGAAAUGGGUUAAUGUGAAAGAUGGUAGUGCUGUACAUGCUGAAAUUGUUGAAGGUCUGAUGAAAAUGUUGGAUGAUACAAAUGAGUUGGUACAAGAAUUUAGAAGUCACCGUGAUCGUUUUGAGCAAGAUAGAGUAGCCGAACUAGAAAUCACACUGAAAAUAUCUAGGGCCGAGAAUGGUCGCGAGAAUCAUGUUUCAAAUGCAGAUGAUGUUGCUGGUAUUAUGGCUGGUGACCUUGAUGACAAUUGUCAAUAUCGGGACAUAGUGCUUCACUCCAAAAAAGAAGGCUUGGAAAGGAUAAUUGAUAUCCAUCCUAAACUAAUGGCUCUUCAGUAUCCUCUGUUGUUUCCUCAUGGUGAUGAUGGUUUCCACAUACACCUGAGUUACGGUAGUGAAGACGGGAAAAAAAAAGAGGAACAGAGCUUUAGUUUCUCAGAAAGAAUACUACUCAUAUAA